AUGAAAGUCUUAGCGGUUCAAAGGGAACGAGGGCCACGGAAUGUGAUAUCUGCGCCCACAAAAACGAAGCGAUGCACACCUAAAAGUAUGGAAGAAAAUCACAUUUGUGAAGUGAACGCCAUACAUUCCGUAGACGAUUUGUUUGUUGCUGUAAUGUUAGCAGUCUGUCAAUCAGUGCUUCUUAUAUUCACCACUCAUGAAGAACGAAGAGUACUGCUCAGAGCGAAAUAUGCAAGUUUUCUUUCACUUGCAAUCUCAACUGCUGAUGAAAAAGCCAGAAAACAGCAAGGUGUUGAAAUGUUCCCUCCUACUGGAUACGGUUGCUUCUACGACAGCGGCUCCGUGGGUAGUAUUGAAGGCAGGCGAACCCUCUUCAUUUUGGUCAGAAGAAGUAGGUAUGAUAUACGGAGCCGGCCAAAGAAGCUAGUCCGCCAGCAACAGCCAGUGCGCUUGGCAACACUUAACGUGGGGACGCUUACUGGAAGAAGUUGUGAACUGGCAGAUAGUCUCAGAAAACGCCGUGUUGACAUAUGUUGUGUACAAGAGACUCGCUGGAAAGGCUCCAAAUCAAGGGAAUUAGGCGAUGGCUACAAGCUCAUCUACCACGACACAUCAAAUCGCAAUGGCGUUAGUAUCAUAUUGAACGAGUCGUUUAGAAACAGCGUCACAGUAGUGGAUCGACUGUCGGAUCGCCUGACAGCUGCAAAAGUAGACACAGGAGAAGUGGAAUUGCGAGUCGUCUCUGCUUAUGCGCCACAGGCGGGCUGCAGUGAAGAAGAGAAGGCAAGCUUUUGGGAGGAUCUGGAGCAGUACGUCCGAUCCCUGGAAGGCGAAGAAGUACUUCUAAUCGGAGGAGACUUCAACGGACAUGUCGGUUCUCGGAAAGACGGGUUCGAGAGUUGUCAUGGUGGAUACGGCUAUGGAGCUCGUAACGACGACGGGUUGCGAAUCCUGGAGUAUGCUGUUGCAAGUGACUUGAUUAUUGCUAACACGCAGUAUCGGAAAAGAAAAUCGCAUUUGACGUACACCAGCGGCGGUCGUGAAACACAAAUAGAUUUCUGGAUGUUACGCCGACGAGAUCGCCGACUUCUGCAGGAUUCAAAAGUCAUCCCCACAGACCAUGUCACUGCCCAACACCAUCUGCUCGUUACGGACUUGAAAAUCUACCGUCCAAGGAAGAGACAUCCAAGGACUGAAAUACAGCGCAUCAAAUGGUGGAAUCUGAAGAAUCGAAAGGAGGUAACCCCAAGGUACAAAAGGCUACGUGGUUUUGGAACGAGGAAGUUCAGACGGCAAUUCGUGAGAAGAAGUCCAAGUAUAAGCUCUGGUGGAGGACGCGUCAGCCUGAAUAUCGGUAUGUUUAUCCUGGCGGCGAUGAGGGAGGCUAAGAAGGCAGUCUCCAAGGCGAAGCUGGACCGCUACAAGGCUGUGUACGACAUGCUUGAUACCAGAGAAGGCGAGCGGGCAGUGUAUCGUUUAGUCAGAGCGCGUCAUCGCUCAACGUUGGAUAUAGAGCACACCAAGAUCGUUAAGGGAGCUGAUGGAGCCGUUCUGCGCAGCUCUGGUCAGAUCCUGGAGAGGUGGCGAGAGUACUACAAUCACUUGUGUAACGAAGAGUUCUGUCAUCCUUCCAUCCCAACUGUUCCCAGCGUCCAGGGUCCUGUUCUACCAAUUACUGCCGUCGAAGUCAGUGCUGCCCUCGCAAAAAUGAAGUCGAACAAAGCAACCGGUCCUGAUGACAUGCCUACUGAUGUCUGGAAUCUGCUAGGAGAUCGAGGGUCCGAGUGGCUCGCAACUCUAUUUAACAAAAUCGUUGCAGAAGGACGGACUCCAGACGUUUGGCAAACUUCCGUGACCGUGCCUGUCUGGAAAGGGAAAGGAGACAUUGCUGACUGUACCUCGUACAGGCCUAUACGACUGCUGUGCCAUACGAUGAAGGUUUUUGAGCGUGUCCUGGAGGCUCGUCCGAGGAAAAUUGUUAGCGUUUCACUCAACCAGUGCGGCUUUGUGAAGGAUUGCUGCACUAUAGAUACUAUCCAUGCUGUCCGAAUCCUCCUGGAGAAACAUCGGGAGAAGAACCGCAGUGUGCAUCUUGUUUUUCUCGAUCUCGAGAAAGCUUUCGACCGUGUCCCACAUGAGCUGUUAUGGAUGUCCAUGAGGUCGCAUAGAGUACCAGAAGAAUAUGUGCGGUGGAGGAAGCUACUUUAUGCGAAGCCUACCAGCGUUGUACGAUGUGCUGCUGGAACAAGCAGGCCCUUCCCUGUACAAGUAUGGGUUCAUCAGGGUUCAUCCCUCUCACCUCUGCUGUUCAUACUGUACAUGGACACGAUAACGAAGGAAAUCCAGAAGCAGCAUCCGUGGACUCUACUUUCUGCCGACGACGUUAUGCUCGCGUCCGAGUCUCGAGAUGAUCUUCAGAAACAAGUACAGUCUUGGAAGGAUCAGCUGCAGCAAUAUGGAUUGCGCCUCAACACAUCAAAAACUGAGUACAUGGAGUGCGGACCAAGGAUAGAGGAUGGUUCAAUUCGUGUCGAUGGCACCGAAUUAAACAAGGUGAACUGUUUCAAGUACUUUGGAUCCAAAGUGACUUCCAUAGGCAACAUUGAUCAAGAAGUUCGAGCACGUGUUAAUGCGGCAUGGAUGAAAUGGAAAAUGGCAACAGGGGUACUGUGCGACAAGAAAGUCCCUGUUCGACUGAAGUCGAAGAUCUAUAGGACGGUUGUGCGUCCUGUUGCCCUUUACGGAUGCGAGGGCUGGCCGACGACGAAAGCCUUGGAAAGAGUGCUGCACGCUAUGGAGAUGCGGAUGUUGAGGUGGACGAUAGGUGUAACGCUAAAAGAGAAAGUAUCCAACGACACUGUUGGUUCCAUUUUCGGCGUCGUCCCGAUAACUGAGAAGAUGAAGGAGGCGCGACUGAGAUGGAGUGAGGCCGCGUGGGAGGUCAAAGAUUCGCUGGCGCAGUUCGUUCUUCCGAGGCAUUUGGAAAUGAAUGCGGAAGAAUUUCGCUUAACCAUAUGCAUUCUGCUGUGUAAAAUGGGUUCAUCGGUAGCCGCCCUCUCCUUCGCGACACCCCUUCUUCCAAUCUACACGCACUGGCUUCGCAUCCACUGCAUAUCGUUCUCAUGGCUUUCCAGAGCAAAUGAGAUUCUUGGUUUUAUUGAGGAGAUCUGGCAUGAUCGCACAAACUUCGACCACUUGCUCUCCGAAUCUCCUAAUGAUCUCAUUGAUCGAAUUUUCCAGCAUUGA